CAUGUCAUGGCUACAGCACCAACAGAGUUUGAUUUUUGGCAGUUCGUCAGCUGCGCAAAGUGUCAACUCACAUUUCUCUCUGGACCGGAUACCGUAGCGAAUGUUCCAUUUUGGCUGACGGAAUGUGGUCAUGUUAUUUGCAACAAUCACCUCAAGUCAGAUCGAAGUUGUGCGCAAUGCGGAGCGCAAGGGAUCCAGUUUCUACCUUUACAGCGUGAGAUGGACCCGCCGAUGUCAGACUGGUUUCGAUCUGUGCCUCACAUGCUAGACGCUGCCGCAUAUGCCACAAAGUUUCAACAAGAAGCUAUGGCGGCCCAAAUCAGAAUUCUGAAGGCUCGCCACCAUCAACAAAGGCUAUAUAUCGACAAACUCAAACGAGAAAUCGUAGAACUACAGAGAAUGAACGAGUUACUACAACGUCAGUUCCAUCCCGAUUACGCGCAUUCUGGUCUCGUAGAAUACGGUGAAGAACCUUCAUCCUUUGUCAACCCAAACGGAAAACGGUCGAUGGGAAGUUCGGUGAAAGAUAACAGGUCGUCAACAACAUCCAGCCCCCGUCGAAUGACCACACCAGUUGGAAUGAACCGACUCACACUCCCACUUGGCCAGAGACCCCCGCAUCUCUCUUCCAAACAGGGUGACCUGCGAGAUCUUAGUGAUACUAAUGACUCACAGCAAAGGAAACCAGGUUCGAGUCGAUUUCAACAGGAAUAUUCCUAUGACCCAUCCCCAAAGCAAUCCUCUGGCAUUCGUGGUCAUGCAACUUCCCGGCGAGGAAAAUCUGGAAAACAUUUCAACAUGCUAUCCGGUCAAAGGCAACAGAGUUCUCAGCAGAUGCCCCCUCCUCCAGCUCCUUGUGCUGCUUUGGCUACCCAGUGUUCUGUCGUUCCACGUGGAAAUCUUUCUUCGACCGGUACAAGUUUCUCUCAACGGUUUUCUCCCUUCGUAUCAAGCAAGAUUACACCCCUUUCACGAACUCCUUCAAUCUUACCCACGAACCGCCUACUAGAGCCGUCUUCUUCAAGGGUACCCUCAAGGGCCAACGCUAUGUUGACUGGCGGGGGACAAAGAACGCCUUUCGUUCCAAAAUGCUGACAAUGUCCGAGUAUGUGUAAAUUCUGUGAUGUACAGUACUUAAUUACGCGGACCAUCACUAUACC